AUGGUUCGCUUCAGUUCACUCCUGGCGGCUGCGGCAUGCUUUGUUGCUGCCGAGUCUGUCAACAUCGAGGUAGCAUCCAAGGGCGGAAAUGCUACUAGCGGUCAUCAAUAUGGUUUCCUCCACGAGGACAUCAACAACUCUGGUGAUGGUGGCAUCUACGCCGAACUCAUCCGCAACCGCGCCUUCCAAUACAGCAAGAAAUUCCCCGUCUCGCUCUCCGGCUGGCGUCCCAUCAACGGCGCAAACCUAACCCUCAACCGCGCCGGCGAACCUCUCUCCGAAGCACUCCCCGUGUCUAUGCGCGUCAAGCCUACCAAGAACGCCAAGGAGAUUGGUUUCCUCAACGAAGGCUACUGGGGCAUGGAUGUCAAGAAGCACAAGUACACCGGUAGCUUCUGGGUCAAGGGUUCCUACAAGGGCCACUUCACCGCAUCUCUGCGCUCAAACUUGACUGAUGAUGUCUUUGGUAGCGUCAAGGUCAAGUCAAAGGCUAAGAAGGACAAGUGGGUUGAGCAUGAGUUUAAGCUUACCCCCAAGAUGGAUGCUCCUAACAGCAAUAACACUUUUGCUAUUACUUAUGAUCCCAAGGGUGCUGAUGGAGUGCUCGACUUUAACCUUAUUAGUCUGUUUCCUCCUACUUACAAGGGUCGCAAGAACGGUCUGCGCAUUGAUCUUGCUGAGGCUCUCGAGGGUCUUCACCCUAGUCUUCUUCGCUUCCCUGGUGGUAACAUGCUUGAGGGUAACACCAACAAGACCUACUGGGACUGGAAGGAUACUCUCGGACCUCUUCGCAACCGUCCCGGUUUUGAGGGUGUCUGGAGCUACCAGCAGACCCACGGUCUUGGAAUUCUCGAGUAUCUCCAGUGGGCUGAGGACAUGAACCUCGAGAUCAUCGUUGGUGUUUACGCCGGUCUUGCUCUCGAUGGUGGUGUUACUCCCAAGGAUCAACUGCAGCCUCUCAUCGAUGAUGCUCUCGAUGAGAUUGAGUUUAUUCGCGGUCCUGUUACGAGCAAGUGGGGUAAGAAGCGUGCUGAGCUUGGUCACCCUAAGCCCUUCAAGCUUUCUUACGUUGAGAUCGGUAAUGAGGACUGGCUUGCUGGUUAUCCUACCGGCUGGAACAGCUACAAGGAGUACAGAUUCCCCAUGUUCCUUGAGGCUAUCAACAAGGCCCACCCUGACUUGACCGUUAUUUCCUCCGGUGCUUCUAUCGACCCUGUCGGUAACAAGGAUGCUGGCUUCGAUAUCCCUGCCCCCGGAAUCGGUGACUACCACCCUUACCGUGAGCCUGAUGUUCUCGUCGAGGAAUUCGAUCUCUUCGAUAACAACAAGUACGGCCACAUCAUCGGAGAAGUCGCAUCUACCCACCCCAACGGCGGCACCAAGUGGGAAGGCAAGCUCAUGCCCUACCCCUGGUGGAUCUCCGGUGUCGGUGAGGCCGUCGCUCUGGUCUCCUACGAGCGCAACGCCGACCGUAUUCCCGGAACAUUCUACGCUCCCAUCCUCAAGAACGAGAACCGCUGGCAAUGGGCCAUCACCAUGGUCCAAUUCGCCGCUGACGCCGCCAUGACCACCCGCUCUACAAGCUGGUACGUCUGGGAGCUCUUCGCCGGCCACCCCAUGACCCACACCCUCCCCGUCAAGGGUGAUCUCGACCCUCUGUUCUACGUCGCUGGUAAGAACGAGGACAAGGGCACUCUUAUCUGGAAGGGUGCUGCUUACAACACCACCAAGCACGCUGACGUUCCUGUUUCCGUGGCCUUUGAGGGUGUCAAGGCUGGUACACAGGCUGAGCUUACUCUUUUGACCAACAAGGAGAAGGAUCUUUUUGCGUUCAACGAUCCUCACAAGGGAAACAAUGUUGUUAAGAGUACCAAGAGUGUUAUCAAGGCUGAUAAGAAGGGUGCUUUCAAGUUUACUAUGCCUGAGCUUAGUGUUGCUGUUCUUGAGACUACCAAGAAGAGAAAGGCUUUCAUGGGUUAA